AAGUUUGUUAGCUAGCUUUUGUCUCCCGCAUCCGUUUUUGAAUUUUCCCCUCCUCUCCUCUCCUCUCCUCUCCUUCCCCUUGUCUCACCAUUCACACCUCUCUUUCUCUCUCUCUCUCUCUCUCUCUCCAAUUGGAAUACACAACAUGGACUUCAAUUGACUCCUUCCACUCCUCUGCCCUGUCCUGCCCUAUAUAUUCCAUCUCCUUCUCUCUCCCACUGACCCGAUAAAAUGGCGGUUUCAGGUAGAAUGUCAGAGCUUCAACUCCCCAAAUCAUGCCGCCAUCACAUCAGCCCCGACCGGACCAAGGUCUGCUCCGAACCCCUCAAAUCCGAUCGCCGAUCAGUCCCCGUCGUUUAUUACCUCUCCAGAAACGGCCAGCUCGAGCACCCCCAUUUCAUCGAGGUCCCCCUCUCCUCCUCCGCCCACGCCCUCUUUCUCCGAGAUGUGAUCGGCCGAUUGAAUGUUCUUCGCGGGAAGGGUAUGGCAGCGAUCUACUCGUGGUCGUGCAAACGGAGCUACAAAAACGGAUUUGUGUGGCACGAUCUAUCGGAGAACGAUUUCAUCUACCCUGCUCGCGGCGACGAAUACGUCCUCAAAGGCUCUGAGCUUCUCGAAAAUUCGUUCCCCGAGAGUCCUCUUCCUCCGCCGCCGGAGAAUCAACCGGAUGCCGGCCACAGGCGCCGCCGGAACCAAUCUUGCAGCUCGAUCGAGUACGAGUACAGCGUGUACAAGGCGGAGCCCUCAUUCCGAUCAGCCGCCGACGCGUCCACUCAGACAGACGACGUGCGGCGGAGGCGGCGCCGGCCUCCGCCUGAAAUAGCGGAGGAGGAGAAGAAGAAGAAAGAGACACGCGACGAGAUCGAGAUCUCGCCGCCGCCGCCGUCCGAUUCGAGCCCCGAGACGCUGGAGACGCUGCUGAAGGCGGACGGGCGGUCGAUAGUGGCACAGCCGGAAACGACGUCGAAUUCGAAAGGGCAGCAGAUUCAGAGGGCGGCGACGACUAAAUCGUCUGUUCUGAUGCAAUUGAUCACCUGCGGGUCGCUGUCGUUCAAGGACUGUGGGGCAGGGCAGGUGAUAUCGCAGUACAGAAUGAGAGUACCGCGCAGCGGCGGAGGGAGGCCGAAACUGGAGGAGAAGGACUACUUCAGCGGGAGCAUUGUGGAGACGAAGAAGGAGGAACCGCUGCCGAGUCUCAAACGGUGCAGUUCGUACAAUGCGGGUCGGGUCGGGGAGUUUUAGUUUUUCUACAGUGGGCAGAUAGGAGUAAUAUUCUGCUUUUGUGAAAAAGGAUUCAAUCAGCUUUUUCCUCUAAAACGCAAGUUAUUUGACAAUGGAAAAGUGGACUCCAAGAAGAAAAAACUUGUACUUAAUUUCAUUUGUAAAAUUGUAUCUAAGAUUAAAUAUGUAUUGUGCUUAGUUUUGUAGUUCAUGAGACUGAAUUUAACUCAUUGUAUUCAUGUAUUAGGAGUGAUAAUUAGUCAUAUUCA